UAGUUUCUCGCUUUCGACAUACUCGGCGCCACGCGUGAGUCGACUUUCGUUGACGCGCGUCUUUUCGCGAGAGUCGCUCCGUGCGUGCCGGCAUUUACGAGCAGACCGAUAUAGAGCUUUCCAGUGUUUCCGAAUGUUGCGGUUGGAAUGAGAUAAGUAGGAGAGAGGAAAGAAGGGUUCGAAAAUAAGGCACGCUCUCUCUCUCUCUCUCUCUCUCUCCCCGUCUCUGCCAAGAUGGGUUUGAAGAAAUUCGAGAUCAUUUUUGAUAAUCCAUGGAAAAUUUAUUAUCCCGGACAGAUGGUAUCGGGAAAUAUAGUACUGGUUCUAGACGGAGUGAAAAAGAUUCGCGGUAUAUGCGUCAAGGUAAAAGGAGAGGCAAACACUCAUUGGACAACGGAUAAACAAACGUUGGACAAUACGGGAAACUAUCGAGAUGAGAAUACGACGUUCAACGCGCACGAAGAAUAUUUUCAGACAAAGUACUAUCUCGUCGGAUCGGCUUCUGGUAAUGAAAUCGAGAUACAGGCGGGUGAGCACAAGUUCCCGUUCACGUGUACUUUGCCGGAGAACUUACCGAGCAGUUUCGAGUCUGACUUUGGUCAUGUUCGAUAUACGGUCAAGGCCAUCUUAGAUCGCCCUUGGAAAUUUGAUCAGGAGGUCAAAGCGGCAUUCACGAUCGUCUUGCCGUUUGAUCUGAAUCAAGAACCCAGGGCAUCGGAACGAAUCAGAGAGGAGAUGAGCAAAUCCUUUUGCUGUCUCUGCUGCACCAGUGCACCUUUGAACGUCGCCUAUUCUUUACCUGUCAGAGGAUACGUUCCCGGUCAAUCGAUGCCGAUUAAGAUAAACGUUGAAAAUUUGUCUAACGUCACCGUGGAUCGCGUUACUCUGAGCCUUUGCAAGAUCGUGACGUUCCGCGCGACCAGUCCACAAACGGAUACGAGAAUCGAGGAGAUGGUGGUAACGGAGGUCAGUAAAGGACCCGUCGACGGCGGAGCUACUGCCGAUUACGAACAAAACUUGGACGUACCGGCCCUUCCUCCGUCGAAUUUGAAUAGUUGCGGUAUCAUCGAUCUCGAGUAUCGUCUCAAGGUCGAAGCGUGCAUCGAUGGAUGGUAUCAUCGUAAUUUAAAGAGCGAUACUCCCGUUUUCGUGGGAACGAUACCGUUGGUGAACUAUCAGAUACCAAGUGCUCCUCCCGAGAACAUAGUGUUCGCCGCUUCGCCAACGAAAACUUCUGAAAAAUAUUAUCUAUCUCCUACUUCGAAUUUAUAUCCAGAAUUACCGCCGCCGUCGUACGAGGAAUCAACGUAUGGCGCCAAAAAUCUACGAGAACGCGGCGAGUCGGAAUACGUGAUCGGUCUUACGAAUCAUUUCGCACCGAAAUAUCCGUUUUAUCAUUUUCCGACGGGCCAAUGAAACGAAACGAAUCCAUUAAAGGGAAAAGUUUUAUAUCUCGCGCUUGGAUGCAAAUAUUUGGAACAAAUCUUCGUGGAACGACGCCGAAAAAUCUCCCCCCACUAAUCGUUUUGCUCUCCUCCGAUCCUCCUAUAACAUCGUGUAAUUUUCUUGUCCCACGUUUGUACGUCUGUAUUUUUUUUGUUUUGUCUCGUCUUAUCACGGUUACUUUACGACGAACCUACAUUUUUUCAUGUUCUUAAAGUAUAAUUUAUAUUUAGUCCGGGCAUCCUACUGAGAGUCAUAUUGUAUGAUGUGAAAGCUAUAAAAUUACUCGUACUGUACAAUUAUACGCUGUAGUACAGUAGUACGCCAUACUUACUCACGCUAGUGUAUAACGUACGCUAUGUAUAACUUUUAAAUUAUAUCACGUGUACUGGUAUGGCAGUACGCACGUUAUAGCAACGAGUAUGACGCAUUGGCAUUAGCACGAACACAAAAAGUAAUGUGAUAUAAAAGUUAUGGUACGAGUACUAUCGCAUUAUAUCCAGUAUACGUAUACUAUCCUAUCGUAUAAUUACGUUAGUACAAGCAAUACUACAACUUUUACGUUCCACGACUUUGUUGUAUAUACGACCAAAAAUUCGACUAUAGAUGGAUCAUUAAAGAAUUAUUUGUCACGAAAUUAUAAACGACGAGGGAUAAAAACACGCGCAUCGAUCUAAAGUAAACUUCACUGCCAGCUUGUAAACGAUAAAUUUGGAAUAUGUUUAUUGCUUUACGUGCAAGUACAAUAUCGUUUUAUACAUAUGUGUUUUAUAGAUUACAAAGCACAGCUCGAAACGCGCAAAUAUUUUUCGAUCAUUACACAUUGUAUUCGCUAAUUAUCGUACAGAUAAUAUUUUACUAUUACGCUUAAGAAACUAGCUUUCGAUUAACUUCGAUUUCGAACCCACAGCUUAUUUUUUUGAGGUGUGCACACGAUAUUCUCAUGGAACAGUACUACGAUUUAAUAGGUGUGUGAAAUUGUUGAAGUUCUAUGGACAGUCUAAUUUUGUAUCUAUCAGAAAUCAUCCGUAAGACUUGCGCUUUUUCCAAAUAAUCAUGAUUUUUCGUAAAGAUUUUGUUUAUCGAGCAUUCGUAUAAUAGGAAUCGUUUCGAUAUCUCUCGGUAGAUAUUAAAUUUGAGAGGUCUCGUACGAAGGUGAGCCAUAUAAUGUACGAUGAAACUCUUUUCAACGCAAUUCCAUCCCCCAUAACGGAAGAUGUAAAUAUUGAAAGCGUUGGUGAUCGAUUAUUAAUACUGCGAUUUUUUUCGUUAUAUCUGAUCUAAAUACGAUUGUUCGUUAUAUCGUUCGGUUGUAUGAAUCAAUAUGAAAGUUAAUUGACUUAUUAAGUUAGUUGAUACGUAUGAUAAAAAAAAAGUAAAAAAUUUUAUUACGGAUGUAAAGAGAUCCUCGUUUUUAAGCACGAUUGCUGAAAGUUCAUCCGAAAUUACUUGAAACGUUGGUACAUCCUUUUGCAUUUGUACGUUUCGUAUGAACAUGUAAAUGUGCGUGCGCACACGCGUGUACGUGUGCCAUCGUAUUAUGCUCCCUUUAUUCGAUUGAAAUCUUAUAAGCAAGUGAUAUUUUUCGAUAAAACGAACGUACGACGAAUUUUUUAUGCGCCAGCUGACAAUUCGUCGAUACGAAAUAUUUUCACAGUUUUUUUUAGAUAAAAGGUAGUUCGAGUGUUGUUCCUUUCAAUUGGAAUUAUAAAAAGAAAAUUAUCAAUCGGAAAAAAAUAUUAACCAAGAACACCAUCUAACGGUAGAACGUUUAUAUCAGCUCUUGGACCGUGUAAAGGCACGAAAGAUCUCGAUAUUUACGCGCCGAGUAAAGUUUCACUUUUCGGAAAAUGGAAUUACAAGAUAUCUCGGAUUUUUAUAUAUCUCAAAGAACGGCUGGAUAAAAUGGUUUUACGGAUGUAUCCGUAGUCAAACCGUAACAUCUCUAUAAAUUAGAUCCUCUUUGUACGACGAGAACGUCGGGCAACGAACAUCGUUUGCGAAUCGACAUUCGUCGCGUUGGAUAAUGAUGAUCGAUAAUAACGAUAAUGUAUCCAACUAUGAAAACUGUAUAACCGACAGUUAGCUACAUCGUCGUCUAUCGUUUAACGUCCCUUUAUUUCAAUCUGGAGAAUCAUCGGUAAUGUCGUACGCCGUUCGUUACUCAUUGGAUACAUGUAUUGUCUCUUCGACAUUGUCGAGAAAUCGAUGAAAAGAUGUUACGUACGUACUUUUGUGUGCUACAAAUAAGUGUAUAUGCGAAUGCCACGCCGAUGUUUCAAGGUUCCGUUUCAUUAGCGUGCAACUUGGUCAAUCGAGAAAAACACGAUUCGUUGCUUCGUUGCAGGAUCAUCGGCGAGAUGGCAGAUGAGAAAAUGGAGUCGGUAUUAAAGGAUAAUAAAAUCUUUUGGCAUUUACGGUUUUACAUUCACGCACUUUUAAUGAAAGGAAAAAAGAAAAAAAAAUUAAAUAAAUAAAUAAAUAAGUAAGAAGAAAUGUUAAAAAAAAAUGAAAAAUAAAAAACCGAUUAUGUCAUUCUCUUGAUGUAUACAUGUGUAUGCGUGUACACGUAUAAUAGGUAAUCCGAUGACAAGUCGUCGUCGCGAGAGAUUCGAUCGUUCGAUUUUGUGAAAUAUCGUCAAACUUAAUGCGACGUAAUCGGGCAAUUCCGGGCUUAACUAUUUCUUCGGAUUAUACUCGAGACGAAACGAAACGCGGUUCACUCGGCUUUGAGUUUUCUUCGACAAAACUAAAAUCAUUACUAGGAGGAUUGGGCGACCUUCACACUUAUACUUUUAUUUUAAUAGAUUGUAUUGUGAUUUUUGUUGCACUCUUCGUUUAAAAACAAAAUGUAUUUUAUCUCUUGACGAAAAGACCGUGGUCGACGGCUUCCUAUAAAUAUUCUACCAUCCAAUGCGUAACAAGAUGUUUGCCCGAAGAGCCAUGAGAGAUAUCAAUUUUUAUAUACCAAACAAGGUUAUAACAAAAUUCGACAUAGACUACUACAACAACAACAACACUCGAAAUUAGACGCUCGAUCACAUUUAUUUUCUCACGUCGCAUUCACUCGAGAGUACAAUCUACACGGGUGUUUCUUAUCGCGUGGAACACGUACGAUGAAUCUGACUAGCUGGGAUGAUAUAUCCAGCGUGUCCGAAAUUUCGAGUGUUUUAUCCAAUUUUUUUUUUCCUUCCCAUCUUACUCAAUAUAGUUAUAUUUUGUAAUUUUCUAUCGUUUCAUUAUUCUAUUUACAAUUAUACGUCUCAUCUCGUAUCUCGUAUGGAUGUUAGUAAAUAAUAAUUAGCAGCAUACGUCUCUACGCUGUAAACGGUUUAACAGUUUCCUUAAAAGCUACACGAGAUGCUAAUUUAUUUUAUUCAUUACUUAUAUCACAUUGUUCAUAUACACACACCUUCCUUCUCUUUCUCAUUCUUCGUUCGCUUUUUUCUUUUUACCACGAAUAGAUCGAUAUUAUGUACAGAAUGCUACGCGCUACUUAUCUCUAUAGACAGUUUUCUUAUUUCUUUCAUCUUAACCAAAGAGCGUUUCUCGCUUUUUAAGUUUUUCCUUUCUCUCUCGCAUUUAUUCUCUCUCUCUCUCUCUCUCUGUCUCACUCUCACUUGCAUUCUCUCUUAUUAGUGGUAUUUACGAUUCUGUACGCUGUAAAAUCGCCAUCAACAUUUAGUAAGACAAUCUUCGACCAUUGCAACGACUGAAAAAAAUGAAAAUGUUCACCUUGAUUGAUUUGUGUCGGAGUGGUAGAGCAUCGAGUACCCAACGACUUGUACGUGUAAUCGUGCUGGUAUUAAAAACAAUGAUUCUUGAUAAGGUCAUCGACAUGGAUCGAUAUGGACGAAAAAUUACACGCAAAUACAUGUAAUGAUUAUGAGACCCGAUACAGAUGAACAUUUUCUCUCUUUAUAUAUUGCUUUAACUUUGUCAUUUCUUUAUAUCGGAAUUAUUAGAAUGCCUAUGAUAGCGCAAGGAAAUUCUUGAUAUAUUUAUAGAAAUCAAUAGAUAAGAAUCGUAAAUAGAUAUUAGGCAUGCUGUUAAGCCGAAUAGUAACAUGCAAUUGCAUGAUUAAAAUAAAUAUAUAAAAGAAUAAAUACUAGAACUUAUUCGAAGGACAACUUAUACAAUUUGUUAUUUCGGCAUAAGAAAGUUCAACUUGCGAUUUUUGAAUAAAUUGCGAUCACUUUGUGUCCACAGCCAGAGCACGAUCGAUUAAAAACUUCGUCGCUUAUAUCAUUCGUAGUACGUUUAGUCUUCUAGUGUCUUUAUCUCUAAAAAAGGGGGAG